AAACACAAACCCACACCUAACCACCCUCCCUGUCAGCAGCCAGAAGAAAAUCAUACGAAUUAGAAAAAAAAAUUAAAAAAAAAAGAUGCGUCCUUUGACCUUAAGAAGAUGCAUCUCCCUCUCUCACAUUUUCUGAUCAUCAUCAUUUUCAUGGUUACUACUAUUAUUAGCAACCUAAUUCCUUCUAGAUUCUCCAUUUUUAUUCUUUAAUCACCAGAUCCAUAUACACAAAAAGGAUGAAGACUAUGAUGAUGGUGAUGAUUAUGGUGUCUAUAACCAUGGCAGCACCUUCACCUUCACCUUCUCCUUCUUCUCCUUCAACAUGCCCCAUCGACUUUAGCUAUGUUAAGAGAGUUCCAUGGAACCCUUCAGCAUGUGAGAAUUUCCACUCUUUAUCAUCGAACUUGAGCAACUGUUGCACCUCGCUCUUAUCUCUAAUCGGAAUAGGGUUCGCGCAGUACCUUAAAGCAACUACAAAUUUCAACCUCCCAAACCUUGAAACCUCAACCUCAUGCGUCCAUGAUUUCCAGUCUCAGCUCAAUUCCUUAUCUCUCCAAAACAACCUCGUUGACUUGUGCUUUGACCCUCACCAGUUCGUCAUGUCCCGAAACGUCUGCGCAGGAAUUGAAACCCUAAAAGAUUGGGACAAGAAGCUUGGUCAAAUCACGCCUCUUGAUACUAGUUGCAAACAAGACCUCACUGAUCUUUCGCUAUGUGAUGUGUGUCUUACUGCGGGGUUUCAGGUGCAGCAUAAACUUGUCUCCAUUGAUGGUAAUGCUUCUCACUCUGAAAAUUGUUUCAAGUUUACUAUUCUAUAUGCUGCUGCGUUUGUGAAUCAGUAUGGACCUGAAAGCAAUGGUGCCAUGAGUUGCAUCUUUGGUAUGUCACUUUACACACAGGGUGGUGGUUCUGGUGGGAAAAGUCACCAGGGUUUGGUUUUUGGGUUAACUGGUGCUGGUGUUGCUUUGUUAGUUAUGUCUUGUUUGUUAGGGGUUUAUGUUUGGUAUGAUAGGAAGGUUAGGAGGAAGAAGCUUAAUGAUGAUGAAUUUGACUUUGAUCCUGAGGAACAAGGGUCUAGGCGUAGGUUGAGGCCGAAUACAGGGUCUAUUUGGUUCAAGAUUGAUGAGCUUGAGAAGGCUACUGAUAAUUUCUCAACCAAGAAUUUCAUUGGCAGGGGUGGAUUUGGGCUUGUUUUCAAGGGGGUUUUGUCCGAUGGUUCCGUCGUGGCAGUUAAGAGGAUCUUGGAAUCUGAUUUUCAAGGGGAUGUGGAGUUUUGUAAUGAGGUGGAGAUUAUUAGCAACCUGAAGCACCGGAAUCUGGUGCCUCUUCGAGGCUGUUGUGUAGUGGAUGAUGAUGAUGAAAAAUUUAAUGACAGGGGAAGCCAGAGGUUUUUGGUUUAUGAUUACAUGCCGAAUGGAAACCUUGAAGACCAUCUGUUUCUGGUGAGUGAGCAGCAAAAGUUGAAGAAAUCGCUGACUUGGCCUCAAAGGAAGAGCAUAAUCUUGGAUGUGGCAAAGGGGCUGGCUUAUCUUCACUAUGGAGUCAAGCCUGCAAUUUUUCAUAGGGAUAUAAAAGCAACCAACAUAUUACUUGAUGAAGACAUGAGAGCCAGAGUUGCGGAUUUCGGGCUUGCUAAACAAAGCAGGGAAGGCCAAUCUCAUCUCACUACAAGAGUAGCUGGAACUCAUGGAUAUCUAGCUCCGGAAUAUGCUCUUUACGGUCAGCUUACAGAGAAAAGUGAUGUGUAUAGUUUUGGGGUUGUUGUUUUGGAGAUAAUGUGUGGGAGGAGAGCCCUUGACUUGAAGGAUGACAGCUUUGGAAGUUCAAAUCCAAAGAGCAUAAUGGAAAGGUUUUUACUUGUGGGAAUUCUAUGCUCACAUGUGAUGGUUGCUCUGAGGCCAACAAUUUCUGAUGCAUUGAAGAUGCUGGAAGGUGAUAUUGAGGUUCCUCAAAUCCCGGAUCGGCCAAUGCCGCUCGGACACCCUGCUACGUUUUACGGCGAUGGCUGCAGCACUUUCAGCAUAUCUCCGGCCUUAAGCGGCCCCAAGUUGCAAACUGGAGACAUGCUCAGGUAAUUGUAAUCAAGACUCAAGAGUGUACCUUAAUUAUUCCAAGCAUGACUAGAAAAGGUGAAAGGUGGAGGAAAAUGUUUUCCAUUCUUUCCAUGGCUUCAUUUGAGGUUCAUAAACUGAUGAGAAUAGUCUUUCUUUACUGAAGAAAAUUAUAAUGCCAUGCCAAACAUGAAAAAACAUAGAAGCUGGCAAGGCACCAUUAGAUUUUGGUAUCUCUUUAGAUCACUUAAAUAGUUGGGAAUAGGUGUUGUAUUAUAGCUUUUCAAUGGAAAAUUCUGUUGUAACUUAGAAGAUUUCCAAUUUUCAAUUUGGUUUUCAUCUAAAUUUUCCUGUAAAGCAAAAACAAAUAAAGGCAUAUAUAUAUGUAUAUAAAUAAAAUUGUUGAUUUGACUGUAA